AGAGAGAGAGAAAGAGAGAGUGAGUGAGAGGGAAGUUGGGAGGGAGAAAAAAAGAAAGUGCUAGAAAAAAAUAUUUAUACAUUUACAUGUAUAUAUAUAUAUAGACAAAAAAGCUCGUGUCUUUGCUACUCCAUUUUCUUCAAAACUUCCGGAUGUCAUCGUCCUUGUUCGAUUUACAUCAUCAUCGAUAACAAGACACGUGCCAGUGAUCGUCAGCAUGUCCGUACGGUUCCGGAUAUUUAAAACGUGCGAACAGCGAUCGCCUCUAUGAAAUCUUUAAUCAGUAUGCCACGCAGGAGAAGAAUGGCGAGAGGUUUAUGACCUCAUCCGAUUUUGUACGCAGUUAUCUUGGUCUAUACACGGAUGUUGACUACAAUCCUGAAUCCGUCAAUUUGCUCGCUGGAAUCGUCGAUACUAGCAAAGAUGGACUCAUAUCCUUCACCGAGUUUCAAGCAUUUGAAGGCCUACUUUGCGUCCCGGAUGCACUAUAUAAAACAGCAUUUCAAUUGUUUGAUACUAAUGGAAAUGGAAUGGUUGCAUUUGACGAGUUCGCUGAGGUGAUGCGUAAAACAGUGUUACAUCAAAAGAUGCCAUUCAAUAUGGAUAGCAGUUUCAUUAAACUUUAUUUCGGAAAAGAUAAGAGCAGGCUAAUUAGUUAUGCAGAAUUCAGUCAAUUCCUACACGACUUUCACGAGGAAUAUGCCACGGAAGCAUUCAAAAAAUUCGAUAAAGAUGGCACGGGUUUUAUUACGGCAGUAGACUUUCAAGAUAUCAUGCUCAGUAUUAAAAGUCAUCUACUGACAAAAGACGUGAAGGAUAACUUGAUUGCCGCAAUCAGUACAGGACAAAGUGGACGAAAAGUAAGCUUCCCAUAUUUUAUGGCGUUCAAUUCGCUUCUCAAUAACAUGGAACUUAUAAAACGUAUUUACCUGAACGCGACCAAUGGCCAUAGAUAUCAAGAAGUUAGCAAAGAGGAAUUUCUUCAUUCUGCACAAAUGAUGUCACAAAUAACUCCACUCGAGGUGGACAUCCUUUUUCACCUAUGUCAUUUACUCCAUCAAACUGGGAAAAUUGUAUACAAUGAUCUCGUGGCUAUUACCCCUGAGCAGUAUUUCAAGCAAAUAACAAAACGUCUCGCUGAGAUUAAGGCGGUGUCGAGCCCGGAGGAGCGUGGCGUUGUCGUUCAAAUUCUUGAGAGUGGAUACCGAUUUGUACUCGGAUCUAUCGGCGGAGCUGUUGGUGCUACCGUGGUGUAUCCUAUCGACCUUGUGAAAACACGAUUGCAGAAUCAAAGGACAGGAUCUUUCAUUGGGGAACUGAUGUACAGAAACAGCUUCGAUUGUUUGAGAAAGGUCAUGCGUCACGAAGGCUUUUUUGGCCUUUAUCGUGGCUUAUUGCCCCAAUUAAUGGGUGUAGCGCCGGAGAAAGCGAUCAAGCUUACGGUUAAUGAUUUUGUAAGAGAUAAGUUUAUGGACAAAAAUGGAUAUUUACCGCUUUAUGGUGAAGUUAUAUCCGGUGCUUGCGCUGGAGGAUCUCAGGUCAUUUUUACGAAUCCUUUGGAGAUCGUGAAAAUCAGAUUACAGGUUGCUGGAGAAAUUGCCGGAGGUACGAAAGUUCGAGCAUGGACUGUGGUUAAAGAAUUAGGUCUAUUUGGAUUAUAUAAAGGUGCUAAAGCAUGCUUUCUACGAGACGUACCGUUUAGCGCAAUUUACUUUCCUAUGUAUGCUCAUACAAAAGCUAAACUGGCCGAUGAAGGAGGAUACAAUACUCCUUUGUCUCUUCUAUUUUCUGGUGCAAUCGCUGGUGUACCUGCGGCAGCGCUGGUCACUCCUGCAGAUGUAAUAAAAACUAGAUUACAGGUCGUUGCUAGAGCAGGUCAAACGACGUACACCGGUUUACUCGAUUGUGCCAGAAAAGUUUAUAAAGAAGAAGGUGCCAGAGCAUUCUGGAAAGGAGCUUCAGCACGAGUAUUCAGAUCCUCUCCGCAAUUUGGUGUCACACUCUUCACGUACGAGUUGCUGCAAAGGUUGUUUGUAGUUGACUUUGGAGGAUCUCGACCAACAGGAUCAGAACAAAGGGUACCUGCUACAGGAUUGGUAGAUGAAAUACGAUCAACAAAUCCAGAUCACAUAGGUGGCUACCAAAUAGCUUUACCCAUCUUUACGGGUAUAGAGAGCAAGUUUGGUCUAUGUCUACCUAGGUUCCAAACAGUGAUUGUUCAACCUAAUCGACAAGCCAAAGGGCAGUAACACCAUUAGCUAGAAGAUAAGCUUAUAGGAAACCCUGCCAUAAUAGCAUACAAGUAUCAUUGGCUGAUUGCUCCAUCUAAUUCUAAGAUUGCGAGGGAAAAAAAAAAGAUACAACAUUCAAUCAUAUAACUUACUUGUUCUUCUUUAUCAACAGUGAUUUUGACCAUUGCACGCUAACUAUAUUCUCUGGCUAUUUGAGGUCAAUAUAAAAUUGAACAUUAACUAGAUCGUCAAAUACACUGUAUAUAGGCUUAAAAUUAAUAAGUCUAAGAAAUAUGUAGGAUCCAUCGACUAAUUAUUCAAUAACAUUAGCAUUACGUAGAAUAGCUAAAGCCUGUGCCAGGUAGCCACAUAUUGAGCUAUAUAUACGAUAAUGCUGAAAGUAUCGAUUUUUAUUUAUUUUAAUAUUCCCUAUAUAUUUAUUAUAUAUUAUAUUGCGUUUGAACGCUAUCACUAGAUAUAUACAAAUAUUUGAUCAACUUUUUAUUUUACUCUUUUAUGAUACAAAUUUUUAUUCAACAAUUUUAUUUAAGAAAAUAUUUGGCACGCUUUAUUGUUCAGUAUUAUCGAGCUAUCUUCAAAAACAAUUUAAAUAGGCAUUCAUUUCAAUGUUUUGCAGUUAAUCGAUUAUGAACAAACAAUAUAAAUAUAGUUUUUCGUUAUAUGAUAAAAUGAAUCGAAGGUAACGUAAUAAUCGUUUUCUCUACAUAUUAUUCAAUGUCAUUUUCAUGAAAUAACAUUCGUAAAUUCCAUUCAUAAAAUGUAAAUAUAUGUAGAAAAAAUGAACUCUCAUAUUUGUUCUAUAUUUCACUAUACUUACAUGCAUAAUUUGCAAAUACUUGACAAUUGGAAUGAUUAAAGAUCCAUAUAAUAAUUUAUAUCUAAUUGAUAGAUGAAUACAAUUUUGUAUCGUAAUAUUAAGAAAUUUUGAUUUUUUUUUUCUUCUUUUUUUUUUUCGUUUACGAUGGAUAUUCAAACUUCGUAUUUGAAUGUAGAUCGAAUGAUAUUUUUAUGAAAAUAACAUUCUAGAUCUAUCUGUAGCUCUUUUUUCCCCUUCUAGUCGUAACUGCCGUUUUAAACUUGACUUAUACAUGGAUAUAUAUAUAUAUAUACUUUUUUUUUUUUUAGUCAAUGGAUCCUAUAUCUGUGAUGAUUCUAUUCGUUCAAAGUAUUGAACAAAAAUAUAGAUACAGAGUUUCGGAAAAUAUAAAAUAUAUAUAUAUACAUAUAUAUAUAUAUAUAUAUAUAUAUUGAAGCACGAAAUUUCGAUCCUUCGUAUGAUUAAUUUGUAAGGAUAGUUUCUAUAAAAAGGCUUUACAAAACACAUUAAUGUCAGCGAUAUCGUUAUAUAUAUAUUGAACUCUUUUAAAUCAUAUUUCAAUUUUUCGCACGCUUUCGACUGAUUUUUAUAAUAAGAUCGCAUCAUAAGAUGGAGCGAUAAAUAUUAUAACGAACAAUAUUGAUAAAUUAAUUGAAAAAAAAAUGUCUGAUCCAUAAAACACGACAUCACAGCCAAUCUUCUUUGCAUUUCAUACGUAAGAAAAAAAAAAAAUACGUUUAAUUAAUUAUGUUAUUAAAAAAAAAAAAUAAAUAAAAAAAUAAACAAAAAAAAAAACACGAAAAAAAAACAACAAAAAAAAACAACAAAAAAAGAACAAAAAAAAAAGAACAAAAAGAAAAAAAAAAGAGAAUUGUCUUUACACGUCAUAAGUUCCAUCGAAUUAACGGAAAACUCGCAGGAUGUUAUCGAAGGAGCUGUGUUAAAAGGAAAAAUAAAAAGAAAGAGAGAGAGAGAGAGAGAGAGAGAGAGAGAGAGAGAGAAAAAAGAGGGUAAAAAGAAAGAAAAGAAAUAAACGAUUUUUUUUAUAUAUAAAUUGCGACUGUAAGUUGCACUCGAUGUAUUUUUCUUUCAACAUUUAUUCAACCGAUUUCGUUUAAUUAAUUAUCCGUUAGAUACAAUUAAUUAGAGAUAUUUCCUGCUGGCUAAUCGUCGAAUGGCCUGAAACAUAUUUCGAUGUUCCCUCCUGUAACCAGUUCGAUAAAUUUAUGGAUAAACUCAAAAUAAUUGUAUAUCCAUACACCGGAAAGAAAUAAGAUAACUCGCAAUAUCGUAUUAUAGUUAUUUUUUAGAAUGUUAUUUUCUUACGGCUACUUUGUAUUAUACCUGCUUAGAAAUGCAGAGAGGAUACAAAGACAACGUACGAAAUUGCAUUCUUUCCAAGAUUGUCCAAGACUUGUUGAAUGCUGUUGGGUCAGACUUAAACGCAACCGUUGUACUAUCGUCAUAUAAAUCGCAAUAGAAAAAAAAAAGAAAAGAAAAAAAAAAAGAAAAAAAAAAAGAAAAAAAAUGGAGAAAAAAAAGAAAAAAAAAGUUAAAAAGCAUUCGUUUCUAUCGAACUAAUACGUUCUCAGUUAAUCUCGUAUUUUAUAGUAAAUAAAUGAAAGGAAAAAAAAAACAAAAAAACAAAAAAAAAUACAAGAAAAAAAACAAAAAAAAAAAGAAAGAAAGAAAGAUAAAGAAAAUAGACACGCAAAUUAAUCGUAAGGAAAUAAUAUUAACUAGGUGAAUCCGUUCGAAUUAAAACAAACAAACAAACAAACAAGCAAACAAACAAAAAAAGAAGAAAAAAGGGGGAAAAAAGGAAAAAAAAAAUCUCUUUCGUAGAUCUCAUUUACGAAUACGUUAAAUUAAGAAUAUAUGUAUAAGCAGACACACAGGAGAGAUAUUAUUUUCAAGAGUUCGACUCAUAAAAUGGGAAAGAUAGCGAAACAAAUUGAUAAAUACACUUUAUUAUUCGCAAUUGUAUACCGCUUUUUCGUGUAUCUCAGUAUACAAAAAAAAAAAAAAAAAAAAAGAAAAAGGAGAGAGUACGUGGAAAGAAAAAAGAGAAGAUAAAAAAGAAAAAAAAAGAAGAAAUAAAUAAAAACAACAAAAACAAUCAUCUUUAUCGUUGAAUCAGUAGUAAUAUGGAAAGAAGAGAAAGCGGAAGGAUUCUAAAUAUCGAGAUGGAUAUCGAACCAGAAGCGUUUGCGUUUUUCGACGAUAUAUCGAAGUAAAAUAAGUCCAAAAUAAUAUUUUCCCUCCGUCUGUGCGUGAAUCUACAUAUUAUUAUUAUUAUUAAAACCGUCGGUGCGUUCUCUCGUUGACGCGAGAAUAUCCUCGAGUAAAUGUAAAUAGGAAAGUAACGUAAAGAGUAAUCGAGAGAGAUUAAAUAAAGAAAAUACAUGCGAAAUAUGAAAAUGUUUAAUGAGCGAA